CCGCCCGACCUCCGCCCGGCGCGCCGAGCCGCAGCCAUGGCGGUGACCGCCGAGGGCGCCCGCAGGAGGGAGCGCAUCCUCUGCCUGUUCGACGUGGACGGGACCCUCACGCCGGCUCGCCAGAAAAUCGACCCUGAGGUGGCCGCCUUCCUGCAGAAGCUGCGGAGUCGGGUGCAGAUUGGCGUGGUGGGCGGCUCGGACUACUCCAAGAUUGCUGAGCAGCUGGGCGACGGGGAUGAAGUGAUCCAGAAGUUUGAUUACGUGUUUGCCGAGAACGGGACCGUGCAGUAUAAACACGGACGACUACUCUCCAAGCAGACCAUCCAGAACCACCUUGGGGAGGAGCUGCUGCAGGACCUGAUCAACUUCUGCCUCAGCUACAUGGCCCUGCUCCGACUGCCCAAGAAGCGUGGCACCUUCAUUGAGUUCCGGAACGGCAUGCUGAACAUCUCGCCCAUCGGCCGCAGCUGCACCCUGGAGGAGCGGAUCGAGUUCUCCGAGCUGGACAAGAAGGAGAAGAUCCGGGAGAAGUUUGUGGAAGCCCUGAAGACGGAGUUUGCUGGCAAGGGGCUGAGGUUCUCCCGAGGAGGCAUGAUCAGCUUCGACGUGUUCCCGGAGGGCUGGGACAAGCGCUACUGCCUGGACAGCCUGGACCAGGACAGCUUUGACACCAUCCACUUCUUUGGGAAUGAGACCAGCCCUGGCGGGAAUGACUUUGAGAUCUACGCCGACCCCCGGACCGUCGGCCACAGCGUGGUCUCCCCUCAGGACACGGUGCAGCGGUGCCGAGAGAUUUUCUUCCCAGAGACGGCCCAUGAAGCAUGAGCCGGCCCCAACAGGCGACCUCCAGAGAGCUCCAUCCAGGCCUGAAGUAGAGCCCCCGGGGCUGCAGGGGCUGCCAGGGCGCCUCGCCCUCUGGCCCAGGACACCCACCUCACGUGUACCUGCUGCUAGGCCCACCAGACAGGGCCAGGGUCCCCAGCCAGGCAGCCCCUGCCGGGACUGGCUCCUGGCCUCCACCUCGAUGGCCCUGGCCACAGCUGCUGCUUGUACAGGUUUCCUUCUGCGCUGGGAGAUGGCGCGGGUGAGUGUCAGCGUGAGAGGGAGCCUGCCCCGCCUGCCCACCCCGGACAGAUGGGGGACAGGACAGUCGGGAAGGUGCGUACUUCAGAGAACUUUAUGCCAUGGAUAUUAAAGUUCCCACAACAAGG